GGCAGAUCGGGUAGAAAUUGUACCAUCAAAUGAGUAUCAAGAGUUUGGGCUAAGGAAACCUUAUUCUGCUUUUGAUCAUUUGGGCUUUCAUUCAUGAUUGGGAAAAUGGUCGAGGGUCCUAAUUUUACGGGACUCAUAGGAGGAACCAACAACAACGAUAACAAUUACUAUGAUUUUACUCAAGGGUUUUACCAAAAGCUGGGGGAGGGCACUAACAUGUCUAUUGACAGUUUACAGACAAGUAAUGCUGGUGGAUCUGUUUCAAUGUCGGUUGAAAACAGUAGUGUUGGUUCUAAUGAUUCUCUAACCCACAUUUUAAGCCACCCUGGUCUAAAGCCUGUGAACCGCCGCAAUUACUCUGUCUCUGUGGGGCAGAGCGUGAUUCGUCCUGGUAAAGUUGGGCAUGCACUUAAUGAUGAUGCAUUAGCACAGGCAUUGAUGGAUAAUAGGUUUCCAAUUGAGGGAUUAUCGAAUUAUGAUGAGUGGACUAUUGAUUUAAGGAAACUUAACAUGGGUUCAGCUUUUGCUCAAGGAGCCUUUGGGAAGUUAUAUAGAGGUACAUAUAAUGGUGGGGAUGUUGCGAUUAAGAUAUUAGAAAGGCCUGAGAAUAGCCCAGAGAAGGCACAAGUUAUGGAACAGCAAUUUCAGCAGGAAGUUAUGAUGCUUGCAACACUGAAGCAUCCAAAUAUUGUUCGAUUUAUUGGGGCUUGUCGCAAACCUAUGGUUUGGUGCAUUGUGACAGAGUAUGCGAAGGGUGGCUCAGUUCGACAGUUUUUGACAAGGAGGCAGAAUCGUGCUGUGCCGUUAAAAUUGGCAGUUAAGCAGGCAUUGGAUGUUGCUAGAGGGAUGGCCUAUGUGCAUAGGCUUGGGUUUAUUCACAGGGAUUUGAAGUCAGAUAAUCUUCUAAUAGCUGCUGAUAAAUCAAUAAAGAUUGCAGAUUUUGGAGUCGCACGUAUUGAGGUGCAGACUGAGGGCAUGACACCAGAGACAGGGACGUACCGUUGGAUGGCUCCAGAGAUGAUACAGCAUAGACCCUACACGCAAAAGGUAGACGUGUAUAGUUUUGGAAUAGUCCUGUGGGAGCUUAUCACUGGCUUGCUUCCUUUCCAGAACAUGACUGCAGUGCAGGCAGCAUUUGCUGUGGUGAAUAAGGGUGUAAGGCCAGUUAUUCCAAAUGAUUGCCUCCCUGUACUGCGUGAGAUCAUGAUGCGUUGCUGGGACAUUAACCCUGAAGUCCGCCCUCCCUUCAAUGAUAUCGUGAAGAUGCUUGAGAUUGCUGAAACAGAUGUACUGACAACUGUUCGCAAGGCCCGGUUCAGGUGUUGCAUGACUCAACCUAUGACAAUUGACUGAUCCAGAACAGAGAACAAAGGAAGAGAGGAUAUAAAUGGAAAU